GUCGCGGGUCUAAGGCGGAGGUCGGCGGAGGAGAGGCCCUGGGGAUAGCGCGGGCAGGGUCCGCGGAGCGCGCUGCGAGGGGCCGAGUCCGCGCUCGCCGCCGCCCGCCGCCGGUCAGCCGCGCUGGGCGCGGGCGGGGACCCUCGGCUGCCCCACCCGGCGGGCCGCUCCCGCCCGCCCCCUCGCCGCCCAGCGUCGCCGCCAGAAAGUCCGAGCGCAGUAGGCGCGGGGCUGGCGGGGGCUGGCGCGGACCCGCGCGGGGAGGAAAGCGGCUGCGGGCGCGGAGGACCCAGGGAGCCCGGCGGAGCCGCGCGUCUGGAGCCAGAGACGGGGUUCACUCACCUGGUCCAAGAAGAAGAAGGUGCAAGGAGGCCCCUGAACACCCCCAAGGACCCACUUGUGCGGCCUCUGCCAGAUGUAGGGGACGGCCACCCAGCGGCAUGUCCCCCACCUGGCCCUGGCGUCCCCUCCUGCUGCUGCUGCUGGCCUGCCAGCCACAGGCCCUCUCCGCUCAGGUAAUGGACUUCCUGUUCGAGAAGUGGAAGCUCUACAGUGACCAAUGCCACCGCAACAUGAGCCUGCUGCCUCCCCCCACUGACCUGGUCUGCAACAGAACCUUCGACAAGUACUCCUGCUGGCCAGACACCCCUCCCAAUACCACGGCCAACAUUUCUUGCCCCUGGUACCUGCCUUGGUAUCACAAAGUGCAGCACCGCCUGGUUUUCAAGAGGUGUGGGCCGGACGGGCAGUGGGUGCGUGGGCCCCGGGGACAGCCAUGGCGCAACGCCUCUCAAUGCCAGAUGGAGGACAAAGAGAUCGAGGACCAGAAGAAGGUAGCCAAGAUGUACAGUAGCUUCCAGGUGAUGUACACCGUGGGCUACACCCUGUCCCUGGGGGCCCUGCUGCUCGCCCUGGCCACCAUGCUGGGCCUCAGCAAGCUGCACUGCACCCGCAACUACAUCCACGUGAACCUGUUUGUGUCCUUUGUGCUGAAGGCCAGCUCCGUGCUGGUCAUCGACUGGCUGCUGAAGACCCGCUACAGCCAGAAGAUCGGGGAUGACCUCAGUGUCAGCCUCUGGCUCAGUGAUGGGGCGGUGGCCGGCUGCCGUGUGGCUGCAGUGAUCAUGCAGUACGGCGUGGUGGCCAACUACUGCUGGCUGCUGGUGGAGGGCGUGUACCUGCACGGGCUGCUGGGCCUGGCCUCCUUCCCAGAGCGGAGCUUCUUCACCCUCUACCUGGGCAUUGGCUGGGGUGCGCCCUUGCUGUUCAUCAUCCCCUGGGUGGUCGUCAAGUGUCUGUUUGAGAAUGUCCAGUGCUGGACCAGCAAUGACAACAUGGGCGUCUGGUGGAUCCUGCGUGUCCCAGUCUUCCUGGCCAUACUGAUCAACUUCUUCAUCUUCGUCCGCGUGGUUCACCUUCUCAUUACCAAGCUCCAAGCCCGCCAGAUGCAGUACACCGACUACAAGUUCCGGCUGGCCAGAUCCACCCUGACCCUCAUCCCCCUGCUGGGGGUCCACGAAGUGGUCUUCGCCUUUGUGACCGACGAGCAGGCCCAGGGCACCCUGCGCUCCGCCAAGCUCUUCUUUGACCUCUUCCUCAGCUCCUUCCAGGGCUUGCUGGUGGCCGUCCUCUACUGCUUCCUCAGUAAAGAGGUCCAGGCAGAGUUGCUGCAGCGCUGGCGGCGCUGGCAUGAGGGCAGGGCACUGCAGGACCAGCGGCGCAGCAGCAGCCCCUCGGCCCCCGCUGGGCCUCGCCCUGGCCCCUCCUGUGAGGAACUCCGACUUGUGAGGCAUCAGAGAGGGCAUCACUGGACAACCCAGAACUGGACACCUGAUGGAGUCGAGAGACAGCAGCUCCCAUUGUGCAUGUCACCCCUGGGGCAGGAGUUCAUGUGGUGGGAAGUUGGGUCAUGAACUGCAGGCCUGUGUCUGUCCUGUGCAUGUGGAAAUGUGUGUCCUCCAAUAAAGAGCUGGAGUAGUGGC